AUGAGCUGCACGUACCGAAGAAGUUUUUUAGAAUCCGACCUAUUUUAUACAAUUUCUCUCCAUUCACUGUCAGCAAUUCAUAUUCCACUUCACAUUUUCGGUGCAUAUAUUAUUUUGAAAAAGACUCCAAAGGAAAUGGCAAGGGUUAAGAUUUCAAUGUUAGUCAUGCAUUUGACAUUUGCGUGGCUGGAUAUCUAUAAUUCAGUUUUGAGUAUUCCAAUAUUUAUUGUUCCAAUAUUCUCUGGAUAUCCACUAGGACUCUUGUACUAUUCGAGAGUUCCCACUUGGUUUAUCACUUAUCUCGGUUUCACCUCGGUUUUUCUCACAAUUCCUGCCAUGAUAAUGUUUUUUGAAAACCGCUACAACUAUCUGGUUCGAACCGAUUACAUGACAAAAAGCCGGAAGAUCAAACGAGCAGUCUAUUACUCAAUUCUCUACAUAGCAUCGAUUUCAACUUUUAUAACUCCAUUGAUGAAAGUUCCAAAUGUCACCAAAACCCGUGCCAUUGCCCGUCUAAAAUAUCCAUGUCUUCCUCGGGAAAUAGUAAAUAACCCGAGAUUAUUUGUGUUAGCCUGUGCCAACACUGUCAUCAUAUGUUUUUUCACCUUCCUAUUCAUCGGAUGGAUCCAAGUCGUGGGCUUCUUCUUGGCUACCGCCAUUAAUAUUCACAAGGGAAAAACUCUAUCAAAGAAGGCUUCACAAAUGCAGAAGCAGUUUUUCAUAGCACUAUGUAUCCAAUUUUCAGUGCCCCUAAUUGUUGUAUUAAUCCCUGAAUCAUAUUUGAUAUACUCUGCUGUGACUAAAAAUUUGGAUAUUGCAUUGACGAAUAUCUCUAUGAUCUGCUUCUCAACUCACGGGCUAUUUUCGACAAUUGUGAUGCUUGUGGUGCAUAAGCCUUAUCGUCAAGCUACUUUGCAAAUCCUGAAAAUUAAGAGAAUUGAGAAAAUUGGCACUGCUAAUAAAGUUUUUUUAGUUUUCCAAGAGAAGAAGCAAGUUUCCAAAUCAAUGAAGAAGUCUUCAUUUUAA